CUCUAUGACUGCCCCAGUCCCUAUUCCAAUUAGGGACACCCCUGCCCCAGUUCCUAUUCCAGUUAGAGGUACCCCAGCCCCUGCUCCAGUCCCUAUUCCAGUUAGGGCGACCCCUGCCCCAGUCCCAAUUCCAGUUAUGGCCACCUCUAUGACUGCCCCAGUCCCUAUUCCAAUUAGGGACACCCCUGCCCCAGUUCCUAUUCCAGUUAGAGGUACCCCAGCCCCUGCCCCAGUCCCUAUUCCAAUUAGGGACACCCCUGCCCCAAUCCCUAUCCCAGUUAGGGACACCCUUGCCCCGGUGUCUAUUCCAAUUAGGGGCACCCCUGUCCCUGCCCCUGUCCCUAUACAAGUUAGGGACACCCCUGCCCCAGUCCCUGUUUCAGUUUGGGACACCCCUGCUCCCACCUCCAUCCCUAUUACAAUUAUGGACACUCCUGUCCCUGCCCUAGUCUGUAUUCCAGUUAGCGCCACCUCUACCAUUGUCCCAGUCCCUAUUCCAGUUAGGGAUACCCCAGCUCCAGUCCCUAUUCCAGUUUGUGACACCCCUGCUCCCACCCCUGUUCCUAUUACAAUUAUGGACACUCCUGUUCCUGCCCUGGACUCUAUUCCAGUUAAGGCCAUCUCUACCAUUGCCCCGCUACUAAUUUCAUUUAGGGACACCCCUGCUCCUACCCCAGUCCCUAUUUCAGUUACAGACACCCCUGCCCCGAUCCCUAUCCCAGUCAGGGACACCCCUGCCCCAGUCCAUAUUCCAGUUAGGGACACCCCUGGCCCAGUUCCUAUUCCAGUUAGGGAUACCACUGUCCCUGCCCCAGUCCCUUUUUCAGUCAGGGCCACCCCUGCCCCUAUCCCUGUCCCUUUGCUAGUUAGGGACAUUCCUACUCCAGUCCCUGUUCCCGGUAGGGCCACACCUGGUUCUGUCCCCGUCCCUAUUCCAGUUAGGACAACUCCUGCCCCAGUCUCUAUUCCAGUUAACGCCACCCCUGCUACUGUCCAUGCCCCAGUCUCUGUUCCCAUUAGGUAUGCCACUGCCACACUCCCUUUUCCAAUUAAAGCUCCCCCUGCUCAAGUUCCUGUACCAGUUAGAGAUCCCCCUUCCACAGACCCCGUUCCAGUCGGGGAUCCCCCUGCUCUAUUCACUGUUCCAUUUAUAACCCCCCCAGCUCCUGUUCCAGUUAAGGAUCCCCCUGCCCCACUCCGUGUUCCAGGUAGGGAUACUCCUGUCUCAGUCCCUGUUAAAGCUCUCCCUUCCUCUGCCUCUUUUCCAGCUAAGGCUUCCUCCAACUCAGGCCUUGUUCCAGUUAGGGAUCUCCCUGCCUUACUCCCUGUUUCAAUUGAAGGGUCAGUCAGGGUCUCGGUUCCAGUAAGCAAUCUCCCUUCCAUAGUCCCUGUUCCAGUUAAAGCUCCCCCUCCCACAGUCCCUGUUACAGUUAAAGCUCCUCUAGUCACUGUUUCAGUCAAGGAUCCUUCUGCCAUACUCCCAGUUCCAGUUAAAGUUCCCCCUUCCUCAGUCAAUGUUCCAGUUAAAGGUCUCCCACCCCCUGUCUCUAAUCUAGCUAAAUCUCCCUCCACCCCAACCCUUGAUGCAGUUAGGUAUCCCCCUGCCCCAGUCCCUCUUCCACUUAGGGUUAACCCUGCCCAUGUUCCUCUACCAGUUAAGACUCCCCCUGCUCCCAUCUCUGCUUCAAUUAAGGCCACCCCUGCCCCAGUCCCCAUUCCAGUUAGGGUUACACUUGCCCCCACCCCUGUCCCUAGUAGAGCCAUUGAUGCCCCUGUAUUUGCCUCAAAUUCCCUGGAACCAGCUUCAUCUUCCACCACAUUGUCGGUGUUGGGCAGCCCUCAGUCAUGGGAAACCCUGUCUACAGGAGGGGCGACAGAGACCCCAUCUCAGAACAGCAAUACCGAGGACUUCAGGGUCUGCAUAGUCUCAUGGAAUGUGGGGUCAGCCGUUCCUCCAGAUGACGUUACCUCCUUGUUGGGAUUGAAUACAACUGAUGUAAAGGCUGACAUGUAUAUCAUUGGCCUGCAGGAAAUGAACUCCAUGAUCAGCAAGCGGCUUAAAGAUGCUCUUUUCACUGAUCCAUGGACAGAGCUGUUCAUGGAGACCCUCAGUGGCAGUGGACACGUGCUGGUGACGUCCGAGCGGAUGCAGGGGGUCCUGCUUCUGGUGUUUGCUCAGUGCUGCCACCUGCCUUUCCUCAGGGGUGUACAGACUCAGACCACACGCACUGGCCUGGGGGGAUAUUGGGGGAACAAAGGAGGUGUGAGCGCACGGAUGGCACUGUUUGGGCACUCCAUCUGCUUCCUGAAUUGUCACCUGCCAGCACACAUGCGCAACCUGGAGCAGCGUGUUGAUGACUUCGAGAGCAUCCUGCAGCAACAGCAGUUCCAGGGCGGGGGGGGGAUGGGAGUCCUGGACCACGAGUGAGACUCCAAGACCCCCACACCAGUCUGUGUGUGUGUGUGUGUGUGUGUGUGUGUGUGUGAAUGUGUACAAACAAUUCAUGUCUGUUUUCUGAUGGCAUGCCAUUUUAGGCUAUAUUUGAAACAUUCCCUCUCAGAUACACAGAAAACUCUAACAUUCACUAUUUUACCUCCCACGUAGACAAAAACCUCUCACAUACAAGUAAAUGCACACUCCCUCUCAUUAACUGUCAUACAAAUAAAAAUUGCAAUCAUGUCAGGUGAAAGAAUGCAUGUCAGAGUAUUUAUUUGUAUGUGAGAGGUAAAAUAGUGAAUGUGAGUGUUUUUUGUGUAUGUAGGAAAAGUUUGAAAUAUGGCCUAAAUGGCACCUCAUGUGUUUCUGCGUAUGUGUCUGGGUAUAUGUAUGCAUGUGUGUGCACAUGCAGUGUAAGUGUGUUUCUGCGUAUGUGUCUGGGUAUAUGUAUGCAUGUGUGUGCACAUGCAGUGUAAGUGUGUUUCUGCGUAUGUGUCUGGGUAUAUGUAUGCAUGUGUGUGCACAUGCAGUGUAAGUGUGUUUCUGCGUAUGUGUCUGGGUAUAUGUAUGCAUGUGUGUGCACAUGCAGUGUA